AGACUAUUAUUUCUUUUCUAUAUAUUUGAAAGCAAAUCCCAGCACAUCAACGUUUCUCUCUAUUUCUACCGCUUUUCUUUCUGUUUCUAGCAGUCUUUCGGUGUUAUUGCUUUUCUGCAUUACAGAUCUUCGGGUCAAAACAAAUUCAGUUUAGUUUCUGUUUCAGAUGUUCAGAAAAAGGUGAAAGAAACGUUCCUAAUCGAUUAAUUCACCAGGAAAAAAGAACAAUUGAAUACUUGCAUAGUUGAAUUUAAGUUGAUUGGGAGUAAAAUGAAAAACUCAGUGUCAGAUCAUAGUUUUUACAUCGAGAGCGAUGAAGAAGAUGAAGAGAAGGUUUUUAUCCCAGAUGAAAAUGGUGAAGAAGUUGAUGGAAAUGAAUCUGAUGAUUCAGAUUCUUCGGCCGAAAAUCAACAGCAAAAUAAACCCGGUUCGUACAACACUUCAUGGCCUCAAAGUUACAGGCAAUCCAUUGAUUUAUAUAGCAGCGUACCAUCGCCGAGCAUCGGGUUCCUAGGCACUCCAACACUUUCAAGACUAAGCAGUUCAUAUCUUUCAUCGUCCUUAACCAGACGACAUACUCCAGAAACGUUAUCUUCUGCGACGAAGCCAUUAUUGCCAACCGUCGAUGAUCAAAUAGAACCUCAUAGGCGAAGCUCUCACGCCUUGCUACCUCCGAUCCCGUCGAGGAGACAAUCCGUAAGAUUAGAUGAUAAAACAUCAUCCAAAGUCUCGCAUGAAAUUUCACUCCCUCGACAUUGCACUAACGGUCAAGCUGUUCUAAAUGGGAUUAAUGUACUAUGUGGAGUGGGGAUCCUAUCAACCCCAUACGCAGCUAAAGAAGGAGGAUGGUUAGGGCUUAUAAUAUUAUUCACAUUUGCACUGCUUUCAUUCUACACUGGGUUGCUCUUGCGCCAAUGCCUUGAUAGUCAACCUGGCCUUGAAACUUACCCUGAUAUUGGUCAAGCUGCUUUCGGUACUUAUGGUAGAAUCGCCCUCUCUAUAAUUUUAUACGUAGAGUUAUAUGCUUGCUGUGUUGAGUAUAUAAUUUUAGAGGGUGAUAACUUGGCAUCUUUAUUCCCAAAUGCAUACGUUAGUUUGGGUGGAUUGGAGUUGAGCCCGCAACGUCUGUUUGCUUUGAUGGCAACCCUUGCUGUGCUCCCCACUGUUUGGCUCAGAGACCUCAGUGUUCUUAGUUAUAUUUCUGCUGGUGGAGUGGUGGCAUCAAUCUUGGCAGUACUUUGCUUAUUUUGGGUUGGUUUGAUUGACCAAGUUGGGUUCCAUAACAAAGGGACAACCUUAAACAUUGCUACUCUUCCUGUUGCUGUUGGACUUUAUGGUUACUGCUAUUCAGGACAUGCUGUUUUUCCCAACAUCUAUACUUCAAUGGCAAACCCUAAUAAAUUCCCUUCCGUCCUUAUUGCCUGUUUUGCAAUCUGUUCAUUGUUGUACGCUGGAACUGCAGUUAUGGGGUACACGAUGUUUGGAGAAGCAACGGAAUCACAGUUCACUCUUAAUAUGCCUAAAGAUCUCAUUGCUUCCAAGAUUGCAGUGUGGACUACGGUAGUCAACCCAUUUACCAAGUAUGCAUUAACAAUGUCACCAGUGGCAAUGAGUCUUGAAGAGUUGAUUCCAUCAACCCAUCUUAAGUCUCAUAUCUAUGCAAUCAUAAUUAGAACAUCGCUUGUGAUCUCGACCUUGAUUGUUGGUCUCACCAUCCCCUUCUUUGGAUUGGUAAUGUCAUUGAUCGGAUCUUUGCUCACAAUGCUUGUGACCUUAAUACUUCCGCCUGCUUGUUAUUUAAGCAUCUUGAGGGGUAAAGUAACUCGUAUUCAGAGAACACUUUGUAUUAUGGUUAUUACAGUGGGAGUAGUUUCAUCAGCUUUUGGAACAUACUCAGCACUCUCCAAGAUUGUUGAGAAUUUGAGAAGCUAAAAGUUCUUCUUUCCCUUUAUAAAUUUGUUUCCUUAUUUAAAUCAACUUGUUGAGCUUCGUUGUUUGUGUGCUUUGCUGGUUCUGCAAUGUCCAAAAUUUUGAGUUAAUUCUUCAAUUUUUAUAUCCCCUAUUUGAAGUCUUGAUUUGUUGUUUAUCUUAUGUGAUUCAGACUCAGAAAAGACAAUUAUCAAAGAGAAUGAAUUUGUUCAUUUCUA